AUGGAAAUGACACCGGAGCUGCUGAAACAAACAAUGGAUACCUACCGAACAGACGAUGAGACUCAUGUCCAGGAGACAAUCGAGCUCACGGGUGACGAAGUCAUCGAUCGGCGAGGGUUCGAAUAUAUCCGAAAACUCGUGGUAUGUCGAUCUCAUAGUUCUGGGUGGCGGACAAAUGAAUUGGAGGAGAUCGCCCGUGUGUACUCGGAGGAAGCCGAGGCAGCAGCGCCCUUUCGGCGAGACCAAAAGCGUGACUUCCUCACAAACAAAACGAUCCAAGGGAUACUCUUCGGCUCGAGAUCAGUCAAGAGGGGUCGUGAUAGCGUCAUCGAUGUUACAAAGUUGUUUGCCAUGUAUGCCAUUCAAAAUGGCAUGUUGGAGGCCAAAAGCUGGAAAGAGUUAAUCACACUGGUCCUCCAACGUCCUUGCAAGCGGUUUGGCUGGAGGAAGCCAGAAGGGGCGGUCUUCUUCACCCUGACCAGAGGAGAACGUCUGGAUUUUUUCAAGCCAGCCACUCUGAUCAGCAAAAUCGUUUCCUUCGCCGCGCUGGUGCUCUGGUCGGAAUUUUGGCUAUACCCACCUCACAUGACCUCCGCCGCGGAGCCACUGCUGAUAUCAACUCGCUCGCCUUAG